GGCACAUGUCUAAAAAUGGCGACUGUCUUGUUGGGCGGAAGAAAACUCGCCGAUUUACGAGUGGUAGAUCUCCGUCAAGAGCUCGAAAAAAGAGGCUUAGAGAAAAGUGGAGUGAAGGCAGUAUUAUUGGAACGAUUACAGAAGGUAACUUGUACAGUUGUUUCUCGAAAAAUAUAUGAUAUGGCUUGAGCAGAUGCUGGCGGGAACGAGAAAACACUACAUAAGCUUAUUCCGAAAGUCGGGUUAGCUUCCGAUCGAAGCGUUCUAAUUUCUGUAUUUCUGUAGGCCUUGGAGGUAGAAAAGGAUUAUGAAGAAGAGACCUCAGAUUUCAUCCCAAUUGAUAGUGUGGAUCUUACUGGUGAAGAUGACGAAGACGAUUCGGAAGAACAGCCCUCUGCGAGUCCGAUUGCGUCCCCUCAGAGGCAGAAACAGCCGAAGAAAACUUCGAUCACCCCAGACUUGAGUAAGCACAUAUGUUACCAGCUGUUUUCCCUUCUGAGUUUAUUGAUCCCAGGUAAAAUUGGGAAUUCUUACAUUGUUGUUAUUGUUUUUUUGUCUCUCUACAGAGAGGAAAGCUGCACCGAAAGUGGAAGAACCCAAGGAGUCGGUCAGUGUAAGCUUACUAAUAAAAACAUUGUGCUUUCCACGGUUAUCGCUAAACCAAUUGUGUGGUAGUCGACUGUUCCAUUUUAGUAUAGUUUAAAAAGGUGAUAUUGCUACUGGUUCAAUUGUUUGUUUUCAAGUGAAGUAAUUGUGCAUGCCCCAACAAUACUAAAACGAUUAUGGAAUGAAACUCUACAGCAUCUUUCGUCUUGACUAGCACGAGUCAUUAUAAUUUUUGGACGGGUGAAGUAAAAUUUUUCCAAGAAAAACAUUUCUUUUCUUUAUUGUCCAUGGAGAAAAAUUUUUAAACACUGCUUCUUUCUCCUGACAAUUUUUUUUUAACUAUCAACAAUUUUUUGCUUUUGUGAAAAACAUUACCCCCUUUAUUCAUUUGUUUUUAAUAGGUCAAGGACGAAGGUGAUACUGUAUUGGAUGUUGAUCUAAAAGGGGAUAAAGCCUUCAAAGAGGAGCCUUUGGAUGCUGAUGAUUUAGACAGUAAUAAGCUUGACAGCAUAAUUGACACCUCAUUGACAGUGAAAUCUGAAGUUGGUGAUGAUAACAAUGAUGGUGGUGAUGAUAAUGAUGGUGAUGAGGUCAAUGAUGAUGAUGACGAUGAUGAUGAUGAGGAGGAGGAGGAAAAAAAGGACAGUGAAAAGGAUGUUGAAGAAGAUGAUGGAGACUUGAUACCAAAUGAGGGAGAUAUUAAAGUCGAGGAUCUGGAGGAGCAAAAUGACUUGGAUAACAACAAAGAGGUAGGCAUUGGAGGGCAAAAAAGUCUUAGGCCAUCAGACUACAUACAUCUCAAGUAUCAUUUUAUAUUUCCCAUUACCACUGACAGAAAACUGUGACAAUGAACUCCUGGUUCUUAAUGAAAUGUGAACUUACAUUGCAUUUUAUAUGAGUAAUUAAUAAACACAAUCUUUUGUAUUGUGCAGGUUGAUGACCAUUCUCUGAUUGAAGAAGAAAAAACAGAGGAAACAGAAGAAGGUGCAAUAAUUUCUGCUUUCUUUCUAUCUCAGAUUUAUUUUAAAUUUCUCUAUGUAAGCAAGGGUUCUAUCUUAUUAACUGAUCCAGGGAUUGGUUUGUUUUCAGUAGUCAGCUUAGCUUCUCACCAUCAGUAUUCUGAAAAUAUUUCUAAAGGAUUUUCUGUUGGGCUUAAAGCCAUAAAAUGUACAUUUUCCUGAAAAAUUGUCAAAAAUAGGCAUUCGAUAAAUCAUAUUUCCUUCAAGGAAAAUGUAUCAGAGAAUGUGGUUGUCUAUGUUAAAUGCUUUCAUAAGCUUUUUUAUUGAAAUAAAUAAAAUCACUGCCUUGAAGUUUGUAAUUGCUCAGAAUGAAAAAGGUGAAUGUUUGUUUACAUCAGACACCCACGAAAUGGAAGGUACAGAAGAAUCAGCUGAUGUUGAAGAGCCAAUGGAGACAUCAGGACCAGCAGAAAUAAGUGUAGAAGACACAAGUGAACAAAUGAAAGAUGACAGUGCUGCAGCCAUGGACAUGUCAGAGCUUGAUGGUUCCAAAGAGAACAGUUUGUCAGUCUCAUUAUUUGUCCAUGCAGAUGAUGUACAAGAUGACCUUGAUGAUGAUUUGAAAGAAGCAGCUGCAGCAGAGGCUGCAGCAAAAGAGGCAGCUGCUGCAGAAGCUGCUGCUAAGAGUCAAGAAAAGGGAGAAGAAAAAUCUGAGAAAGGUGCCUAAGCUGUUUUUUUAGAUUGUGUAUCUUUAUCAUUGUGAAUUUUAGAUUAGCACAUCAUAUGAGUUAAAUUUGGCCCAACCAUGUUUGUGAUCACACAUUGGUGUUAUGUGGAGUCACCUCCCUUGUUGGAAAGCCCAGAAUUCAAACCCUAAAGCAAAAAUGUUACCAGUUCACAAAAGAUUGUCUGUAACCAAGGAGCCCUCAGUCAUGAUGCUGGUGUUUUUUCAUGGUUCCCUAUUGGGACAAGUACAGUAUAAAAUCAGAACUCACUCAAUUGCUUCUAGAUGAGAUAGCAGGGGUCCAAGUAAGAAUUAGCCAUAUCAGUAAGAAAGCAGGUAUACACCAAAGCUGGUGCCAUUGGAUAAGGAACACAAUAUCUGUUAUGCCUCAUCAUCCUGGAAAUCAAACUUAGUCCAGGUGGACAAAGAAAAUACUGAAGAGUGGAACUUUAUAACCAUCAAAUCAUCUGUUUGUUAAAUGCACUGUCUACUUAGGGCCAAGUUGGAAAUGGGGAUAAAAAAUCUUUUGUUGCAAUUAUUCCUAUUACUAAAUCUUUGGUUGUCCUUCAUGCAACAAUUUCCUUUCUUUUGAGUGCACCACAAAAUAUCUUCGUCAUUUGAUUAUCAUUGGCAUCACAUAUGUAUUGUAAAGAAAAUUACAUGUACUGUAAAGAAAGUGGUGAGCUAAGAAAAUACUUUUUCAUCAUAGGGAGAGUUUUUGAUUAUGCUUGUGAAAAUGUUUACUUAUCAGUAAUAUUAUUGGCUAGUUGUGUAUGAUAUUAAGUUUGAGAGGUGAAAUGCUUUCAAAUUUCUUCCUUUUUCUUGUUUUCUCUUUUUUUCUUUCUUUCUUUCUUUUUUUCUUUCUUUUUUUUUAUGUGUGGAACCAAUGAUGUGUGCAGAAUUCCCUCUCACUAUGGAACUACAUUUUACAAUCUAACCCUUAACCAGAGAAGACACCUUUUGAUGACUCUUGAUGAAUGUUCUCUCUUUUUUAUUUGUUUUUUUGUUUGAAGUCAGGGUUUGAUUCUAAGUCAACUUAUCAACUUAUUUUUGCCAGGGAAAACCAAGGAUGCCGAAAACCAUGUUGGGAAAGAAGACACCAAGGCAGCAGAUAAAGCAAAAGAAGAGAAGGCUAAAGAUGGAGGAACUUCAAAAUCCCAAACAUCUUCCUCCCAGAGGUGCAGUAAGAUUAAACAAUUCUGAGAAGUAAAUGACAAAUUAAAGAUGGUUUCAGUUAAAUUUUUUAAUUUUUUUGUAUUGACCAGUUGCUGCUGGAACAGUUGUGUCACACCCUUAUGUAUUUCAUACUUCAUGCAGGAUGAGUAGGCCACAUCUCCAGGCAUUGUAAUUGUAGCUUGAACUUCUUUUAAUCCUUAAUUAACUCCCAAGAUCUGAUUGUUAUUUCUCCCUUCUAGCUGCCACUCAUUUCCUUAUAAACUAGUUUCAAGAAUUUGCUGUUAGAUCAAGAAAACUUCUACAUGUUAAUUUGGAGUAUUCUAAUAACCUGUGUGCUGGAUGUCAUAUGGUUAUUAUAGGGAGAAGUUACUUGUCAAUCGCUUUAGGUAGUGAACAAGUUAACUGCCACUUUCCUGAAAACUUUUUUUUAUAUCUGGUAUAACAUCACCAUUGUGGGUGUUUUCUAAAGCUUUAUAGCGAUCUAUAAGAAAUCAGUUAGCUUGCCACACUUUUAACCCUUUAACUCCUAGAAGUGAUUGAGAGGUAAUUUCUCCCAAUAUUAUCCAUACACCAUCCAGCAAACGGGUUAUGAGAACACUAAAACUCAUCAUGUAUAAGUUGUUAUUCUUGAUCUAAUACCAAAUUCACUUAUCUAAUUUUUAAGGAAAUGUGUAGUAGCUAGAGGGGAGAAAUAACAAUCAGAUCUGGGAAGGUCAAGGGUUAAAACUGAGGAAGACAUUAAAAAUGGUGUUCUCAAUUCUCUUUCACUUUGCUUUCAGUGAGAAAGGGAAAACAGGUGAAGCUAAGAUUAAAGAUUCCAAAGCUGCUGACAACAAGACAACCAAAACACCAGGAAAGAGUGCUUCCUCUGCAAAGGACAAAAAAGAAACUGGAAAGAGUCUGUGGGUGAGCAAUCUGUCUUCUGUAACAAGAGCUGCAGACCUGAAAACAAGGUUCAGUCAGUAUGGAAAGGUGAGGAGUGAAUUUAUCAUGAAUUCUAAGAGUUUCACAGUGUUCUCCCUCAAUUUAAGCAUGACAGGUAAAAUAAAUUUUCAAACCUUUGGAGCAAUCCUCUCCCUGAUCAAUUUCCAAGAAUUCCAAGCAGUUUUUUGCUGUAUUAGGAGCUUCUACAGGAAGUAAAUAUCACUGGUUACUGCCUGAAAAGGAAAGCACUGAUUUCAUAUCUUGUUAACCUUAUUUUUGAAGUAGUUGGCCUUUGUACAAUCUUUAAAACCUUUCCCUCCCAAGAUCUCAUCAGUAAUUCUCCUUAUUGUCCUCCAUACAAUUCUUUUAAUGUUAGUUCUGAGAAUUUGGUAUCGGAUCAAACAAUCCUCUAAUUGAUAUUUUUCUUAAUUCUCUUCUCCUGACUACUUGAUAUUAUAUCAGUAUUGUAAGGAGAAAUUUUGUCUUGGUCACUUAUAGGAGUUAAGAAGGUAGCUUGGGGUAAAAUGUCAAUGAAUGUGCAGGGCAUGAAAUUAAUUUUUUUUUCUGAAAGCCACUUGGCUCCUAGAUUCUUCAAAGUGGUGGCCAAUUCAAAAAAAGUUGGUCGCCAUUUUCAAAGACAAACAAAAGCUUUUGUUACACUGUCAGGGUUCUAGAUAGACCCUCCAUAAAAUUAAGUCAGGGAAAAGAUCUUUAACGUGCCACAAAGUGGACACUAGGAUGGAUGAUAUACAACAGUCAAGCUCACCUAAAUCCAAGAUAGCAUCUAGUUAUUGAUUGAGAUGAUUGUACUGUGUUUUGAAAACAAACUAAAUGAGGAAGUUUGCCAUGGAUUUAUCUUUGCAAAUCUUUUUAAUUCACUAUAUCUCUUGGUAAGGUUAUGAUGAAACAUACUAGUUGCUAAUUUGGCAACUAAUUUUCAGGAUUUGGUUGCCAAAGUGAAAAAUUUAGUUGCAUUGGCACCUGUAUUAGGCACAAUUUCACACCCUGAUGUGGUGAUUCUCUUUAAUUUUUUUAAUAGUUUGGUAAACCUUGAUAUUUUACUGUUGUAUACCCUAGUAAAGUUCUGGACCAGGUUUUUCAAAGCUGGGUUCAGAUAACCCUAGGUUGUAGAUAAUUCUUUUUGUUUACAAUCUGAUGACUGGAUGCUUAAGAAAAAAAAAAUGAAAACUAUCCUGCUAAUCUCUCUUCAAACAACUGGGCUAUGAGCUUCCUUGAACAGUUUCAAAGCAAGUGGAAUUAGCCAUUGCAAAAAUACAUCAUUCAGGGAAAUGAUGCCUUGUAGAAGUGAUAUGAAAAGUUUUUUUGAGAUGCUCGAGUACUGAGGGGGUAACUGUUUUUUGAAACUGUUUCUGGUUUUUAGGUGGUUGGUGCUAAGAUUGUGACAAACUCUAAGGCUCCUGGUGCUCAGUGCUUUGGACUUGUUACCAUGUCAACAAGUGAGGAGGCUGCCAAGUGUAUAUCACACCUUCAUCGCACAGAACUGCAUGGAAAAACUAUCACCGUGGAUAGGGUAAGUGAAUCAUUUUCUUUUGGUAAAGAACUCAGCUGAUGAAAUCUCCUUUAGUUGGUCUGGUGGCAUAAGAGAAAUAAGAAAGAAGAGGAAAAUCCAGGCAUGAAAAGUGUGUGGCAUGAAAACCUUGCAGUAUUUUGGUGAAUCUUUUAGCUGGGUAGAAACAAAUUUUUGUGUUAUAAAGAUUAACCAACAAAGUUUGGUGGUUUUGGCUCAUAUCCAGAAAUGACUGAUCUUUUGUGGUGGUCUUUUAUAGGCUAAAGGUGAUCGCAUACCUACAACUCAAUCUAACUCUGCCAAGAAGCCAACAGAUAAGAAACCAAUUGAUAAGAAGCAAGCUGACAGAAAGCCAGCUGUCAAAAAGCCUGCAGAAAAGAAACCAGUAGAGAAGAAACCAGCAGAAAAGAAACCAGCAGACAAGAAGCCAGCAGAUAAGAAACCAGUGGAGAAGAAGGACAAACCAGGUAUGUGUAGUUAUGCAAAGUUUUAAAUAUCCAAAAUACUCUGUUGGUUAAGAGCUGGCCCAGCAAGAGAUAUGAUAACAAGAUUUGACUCCCAAUCUUUUGCAACUCCUUCACAGUGAGGCUACUCACACUCACACAAUGACAAUUGCAUGAUGAUGAUACAUGUUAUUUGUUCCUAUUAAGGUACUUGAAAGUCCCCCGUCUCCCCCCCUCCCCCUCCCCCAAAAUGAAAUGGGUGAGAGGGAAAGGUAAAGGUAAAGGAGAGGUAUCAAGAAAUGCAAAUAGUAGUAGAGUGGAACAAGACUUUUACCACUUGAUGUACAUCUGAUAGAUUUGCACACACUUUUUUAAACUUGGAGUUUGUCAAUGAAGCACAUAUGGCACUGCACUUCAUUCUUUAUACCAAUGAGAGCGACUUCACACUUAGCCACAUCCAUGUUACAAAUUUCGGCACCAGAUCACAGAGGAAAAGACGACCUCGGAAGUGGCCAAUUGAAAGCCAUGGAGUAGUUAAUUAAUGUUGCAUUAUUCCUCAUACUUAUGUUUAAGAUUCCCCUUUUGAUCUGUUGACAGCUGACUCAUCAGACAAAUCCAAAGCAAAAACUGAUGACAAGAAGCCGCUAGCAAAGAAACCUGUGGAAAAGACUCCUGGUAAAUCAACAGCCACUAAAACACCAGCUAAGUCAUCUUCUAGAACUACUCCAAAACAACAGAAGUCAGGUUGGUCUAAUACUAAUAGAUUUAUUAUGGAUGUAAUUUUAACAGCAUUGCUUAGAGCAACUGUACCCUCUUAUACUUGGCUUGAUCCUUUCUUUUCCUCUCUUAUCGGAUUAGAAGAAAUUCUUCUGGUUUUCUUUUAGCUGGACAUAUUUUUCAACUUCCUUUGCGUGGAUUGUUGCUGGAUAAGCUUUAGGGAUUGUGGUGAUAGUAUGAUUCGUGUGGAAUGGUGGUGUAACUUUUAGGAUGAUUCAUCCAGUUACAUGCCAUCAUUUUUAGAUUGUUCAGUGUACAGAGCUCCAUCACUGAGUGUUUCUUCUUCAAAGCUAAUGAAUCAGUGUCCUGUUGCGUUGCAUUUCCUCUUACUCAUCCUUCUCUAUGGUGGUCAACAAAUCACUUGUAGAUCAAGGAAGCAUUCGAUGGAAAUGAAGAGCUUAAUGACAGGAUAACGGCGUUGUUGACAUAAUCCCAACACUCGUCGUGGAAUGCUGUUAUAGGGCAUCAAAGAGAAUUUUAAUCCUGAUCAUACGAGAGUCAAUUCAACUAAUAAAUCUAAACCUUGUUGACUGAUCUCCUAGUUGAGUUAGUCAAGCGUGGUACUGUUGUUUAAAAUGAUUCUCAGGUUGUGCUGAUCAGAGCUGCACAGGUUUUAUUGAAGUUGAUUAACUACUUUUGUGAUUUUGUUAUGAUUCGUCAAGGCUCUUUUUGGGGCGUUCUAUCCUGCUCCUUAAAGACACCCUUUGGAUUUGUGGGACGAACACGAUGCUAACAAUUGAACUUCCUGUCGAGUAAUUGCAUGCAGUUUACUCUUGCAUUUGAGGCUGUUGAGGUUCCAUCCCGUCACAUUUGGUUUUUUGUUUGUGUUCCUUCGCUUUCGUUUUGCCUGCUUUGUUUGCAAGAGAAGUAUGUGUCGUGCAGAUUGUCUUUUAUUUAGCAUAAAAUGUUCUGUUUUGUUUUACGAUUAAUACUAAUCACAGGAAGUACUUCUUCAAGUGGCAAAAAAGACGAAGGUUCGAAACCGGUCGUGUCGAAUAAAUCCUCUGACAAGGAAAAGGAGAAAGACAAAGACCAGGAGAAGGAAAAAGACAAGACGGAGAAAAGCACCGACAAAGAUAAAAGUAAAGAAAAGGACGAUAAAAAGCCCAGCAAAAGCCCAAUCAAGUCUAUUGACGAGAUCCGACGUGAUAGACAGGAACGACAGAGGCUGGAGAGAGCUAAAGAGAUCCGUGAGCAGCGUGAACGUGAGCGACAGGAACGACUUCGACGAGAGCGUGAAAGGCUUGAACGGGAGAAAAUGGCCGAACGACAACGUGAACGUGAACGAGAAAGAGAACGUGAAAGGAGAAGGCUUCAGGUUAUACGUGAACGAGAGAUACGCGAAAGACAAGAACGUGAACGAAUACGGCUGCAGCGUGAAAUAGAAAGGCAAAGAGAACUGGAACGUCAACGGGAACGUGAACGCCGUGAACGUGAGGAACGUGAACGCCUAGAACGGGAGAGGCGUGAGAGACUUGAACGAGAAAGACUUGAGCGUGAACGAAUUGAACGUGACCGCUUACAACGCAUUGAACGCGAACGAUUGGAACGUUUGGAACGUGAACGCCUUGAACGAGAGCGUUUGGACCGUCAACGUUUAGAACGUGAACGAUUGGAACGUGAACGUCGGAGUCUAAAGCGCCAUGGUGCGCCCUUUGAACGUGGAGAUCCAGCACAUGCUCAGAAACCAGUUGGUUUUUGGGAAGAACCUAAACGGGCUGCUUUGGGUGACGAAAGACCGCGUGACUUCUUCAGCGGUUCAGUGGGUGAACGUGAUAGCAGACGUGACCGUCCUGAAGUCUCCUCAGACAGGCGUGAUUCUCGAGGAGGCCAUCGUGAAGACGGUCGGCAACCAGCUGGAGCCGGUCGCGAACGCAGAACCGAGGAGUGGAGUCGAGCAGACGAAAGGCGUCUUAAGAAAGAUGAGAGAGAGCGACGUAACGAAGAAGGACACCGCGGGCGUGACAAACCUCACGACCAUUCCAGAGGAGCACGUGAUCGUGACUUGCGUGACAGCCGUGGCAACCACGAGACUAAGGCCUGGGCUACUGGAGGUGACUUGUCUGGGGCCGGUGUUGGGGUUCUUGGAGCUGGAAUGGAUCCACAGAAGAGCUUGUCCAUCUUAUUGGAGCGUGCUGGCGUCAGGGGCAUCUUGGGCUCAGGCGCCUCAGCUCAAGGACAUAAUGUGCGAGGUGAUUUGAGUAAAUCUAUAGAGGAACCCAAUUGGCGUGCCCCUGACCCUCGUGAUAGCAGGCCGCCUAUCCCUCAAGCUGAGAGAGGGGGGAACUUUACGCACGGGUCCUCAGGACUCGCAGACAUCAGAAAUGUCCAUGUUGAUGCACGCUUCGGUUCGCUGUCCAUGGACACAAGCCAUCGCUCUGUGGCCAUCACUGGAGGAGUGGAAUCUAGCAAGCCACCCGCGCGAGACUGGCGAGACACACAUGGUGGUAGCCUGACAUCUAGAGACCGCGAUGCGCUUGCUGCCAGGGAGAGGGAGCGUCCACGAGAUCGUGGCGCGGAGGUCAAGCAGAGCAUUCCUCGUCCAGGAACCAUGUAUGAUGCUCGGGAUACCCGUGCACCGAUCAGCCGUGACUCCAUACCGCCUAGAGGUGCGUGGGGAAAUGGAAUGGACUCGCGCCAAAAUGCCACUCCUUCUCUUGGCGUGUCAAAUGCAGGCCGCCCCUCCGUUGACGAUAGGUCGCGUGCUGCAGUCACUGCCCGCGACAGUGCACCAACUCCUUGGAACCAGCCCGGAAGUUCCUUGGCGGCUCCUGUUGCCCGAGGUGCUUACACUGGAAGUGCAGUUCCCGGUGCGGAGAGGCGCCACCCUGUCGCAGGCGACGUCAGAUAUGAGCCUUACAAGGGCGCCCCACGUGUCAGCAUGAUGCGGCGGUACUGA